CGAUCUCGAACGUAUAGAAACAAUGAGAGACGACGUAACCUCUUUCCUCUCAUGUUAAAACGAACUCUUACAUUACAAAGAAUGAUAAACGGUUUCGUAAAAUGAUUCGAACCUAUGUUGUCAAUCGUACUCGCUCCAGGCACAGUGAAAGUAACCAAGCGUCAUUAUCCUUUGGAAUAUAAAAUGUGGAGAAGACAGCUGCAACCCUAAAUCGAAAGAAAGUCAAAGUGACCUGAUCAGAUCUGUGUUAUUUCCGUGUCGUUCUAACGCUGUCACGGAAGCAAAGGAUGGCACGGUGAAAGGUAUCAAAUCGAUAGGAAACCGCGAGGAGAAUCUAAAGAAAGUCAAAGUGACUCUUUAA